AGAUCUAAAAGACAGUUAAAGUCAGUUGAUGAUGGCCAUUGGGAUUGUAGUGUUUGUACAUACAGUAAUUCACCAGAAGCAUAUAAAUGUGAAAUGUGUGAUGUUCGGAAAGGAACUUCAACUAGGAAGCCAAGAUUAAAUUCACAGUUAGUGGCACAACAAGUAGCACAGCAGUUUCCUCUACCAGGCCCACCCCCUUCACAUUCUCAUAGGAGGGAGAAAUCUCAUAGUUCUGGUCAGAAAAAUAAAGUUGUCAAUGGAAAGCGAAGAUCAAGAUUAAAGAAUAUAGAUAGAUUGGGAGGAGAGAAAAUGGAAGUGACGGUCAAUGAUGUGACUGUUUUGAUAACAGAUUAUAAACCUAAACAAUUACCAUCAAAUAUGGAUAAUAGUUCAGAUACAAGUGAUACCAAUUCUUCCAUAACUAAUGACAAUGAAGAUCUGACAUCUGAUACUAGUGCACAUUGA